CACGACGUGCUGCUUGGCAACAUGAGAGCUAGAAGGAAGGGCUGCAACAUUAACCACCUGCAAAGUCUGGAAACACACCUACUAGAAACAACGUUCCAGUACAAUGGAAGAUACAGAGAAAGGUUCCACACAACAUCCUGACUCAGUCCCAGAGGUGGGAGAAGAUGCAGUGACAUCCGUUGGUCCCUCUCCCCCUCCACCCGCCCUGACAGAGGAGGAGCGGCAGGAGCUACAGGAAGAGUUGCUCAAGGUAGAGGAUGAGAUCCAGACUCUGUCCCAGGUGCUGGCAGUCAAGGAGAUGCAUCUGGCAGACCUUAAGCGAAAGCUAGGCAUCACACCUCUCAGUGAACUGAGACAGAACAUCACCAAAAGCUGGCAGGAGGUCACCACCUCCACUGCCUAUAAGAGGACAUCUGAAACGCUCUCUCAGGCAAGUCUGAAGGCCUCGGCAGCUUUCUCCACUGUUGGCUCAGCCAUCAGCCGGAAGCUCGAGGAUGUCAGCAUCUACUCAUUACAACACUCAGCUAGUAUGCCUGUCAUGAGGAAUGCACCAACUUUCAAGUCAUUUGAAGAGAAAGUGGAGACAUUGAAGACCAAAAUAACUCCGUCAGCAUCCGUCGAUAGCCCAGAUGAUCAGGACAGCAGCAGCACAACCACCGAGCCGUUGGUCAGUCAGCUGGAGCAGUCGCCCACCCAGGAGAUGCACUGAGACCUGCCUAACCCUUCCUGACCCCCACCCUCUCCUCCUCACUUGACCCUCUGACCCCUGGACCAUCAGCAUUUGCCAGCUAAACUCUUGUGUGCCAGUUUUCCUUUAACUGGAAACAAAUGACUUAUCCUAGCCUUCCUUCUUAUCUCAUUGUCUAGUCUUUUUGUGUGACACAUGGUCACACUUCUUAAUUGCCGUGGAAACUGAAAGCAUGAGAUGAGAGCAGGCAUGUGGUCUCAUGCUGGCUGUGCUGUGUGAAUCUAAUCUGGCUGGCUGUGGGAGAAAUCUCCCUCCUAUGUCACUUUCCUUUUACUCCUGCACUCCUUAUUUCUCUGCCUUUGUCUGUUCUGCAAAGCUCACAUACCAAACAUGCUGUCAGUUUAUUUUUGUCUUUAUCAAAUUAACACUCAAUCACAUUUUUAUGUGUGUUUGGGUGUAAAAAAUUGCACAAAUAUAGAGAGAUUGAUGCUUGUGAACUUGAUUAGAGAAGAAUUUAUGUUCUUUGUAUUUGAACCAGACCGGCUUCCUGCUUCUGCUUCCCUAUUAUAUGUUGGGUUUACUAUUAUAAGGACUUCAUUGGUUUAUUAUACGUUGCCUUUUUCAGGCCAACCUGAUUUCUAUUUUCUUAAUUAUAUUAAUCUUGAGACACCAUGCAGUCAUACAAUAGUCUAACACUGUGUUCAGAAUAUGAAUGUAUGCCAUUUGUGUCAUAUCCAUACAACUUAGUUUAUGUCCUGAGCUACUACUGAGCUACCCACAGACUCUAAAGUAAGCAUUUCAGAGAACAUUUCACAUUAAAAACGGCCCCUUUUUCCACUGGGGAGAGUUUUGUCAGAAAAUAAUCUCCGUGCUUAGGUAGUUAAGAGGGAAUACGGCCAUGAUUCUCAGAGCAGAGGCAGAGCAAACAAGCGGUCAAAGUUCAGCCUUGACCCGAAGUGUGAGUGAAAUAAAUGUCUUUUCUGUGGCCUGAGUCAAUAUUUCAACACUUGUCCAUUGUUUCUACAAGGGAGGUAACACCUAGCUUCCCCUAUGGCACAAGGAUACUCCACUGGAUAUUAUUUUGUACACUGUUACCAGAUAAUGUUACAGGGGAGGUGUAUCCCAGUUUAUUUUAUAAAGUGCAUUUUUGU